AUGAUAAUGGUGAUGAAGGUGGCUUCACAUAAUUAUGGAGAUGCAUUGUCCAAGUGUAUUUUGUUCUUUGAAGGUCAGAGGUCUGGGAAGUUACUCCCUACACAAAGGAUGACUUGGAGAGCUCAUUCUGCUCUUCGUGAUGGCUCUGACGUUGGUGUUGACUUGGUAGGUGGUUACUAUGACGCUGGAGACAACAUAAAAUUCAGUUUUCCGAUGGCUUUCACUACCACAAUGCUGGCCUGGAGCAUCUUAGAAUUUGGUAAUCUUAUGGGCUCAGAUAAACAAUACGCAUUAGAAGCUCUGAAAUGGGGCACAGACUAUUUCCUGAAGGCCACCAGUGUCCCCGGCAAAGUCGUUGCCCAAGUUGGUGAUCCCAGUGGUGACCACAACUGUUGGGAGAGGCCUGAAGAUAUGGACACCCCCAGAACCUCCUAUGUUGUUAAUACAAGCAACCCCGGAUCAGAAGUUUCUGCUGAGAUUGCAGCUUCCCUUGCGGCCUCUUCCAUGGUUUUCAAGUCCGUUGAUCUUAGAUACUCUAGAAGGCUUCUCCAGAGGGCCACCCAGGUUUAUGAAUUUGCACAGAAGUAUCAGGGCUCGUAUAAUUCCAGUGUUGGUGUAGGGGUCUGCCCUUAUUACUGCGAUUACGAUGGCUACAUGGAUGAAUUGAUCUGGGGAGCAGCAUGGUUAUACAAAGCGACCGGGUCAUAUAAUUACUGGAAUUAUGUUGUACAAAACAAUCAACACCUGGAUAAUUAUGAAUUCGGAUGGGAUUCAAAGCACGCUGGAAUCAACGUACUUGUUUCCGGGUUGGUGUUGAGCACCCCCAAGGCCGAUCCUUUUGUUUCCUAUGCAGAUAAGUUUGUUUGUUCUGUACUGCCCGAAUCUCCCACCAAAACCGUCACAUACUCUCCAGGUGGGCUACAAUUCAAACCUGGAGGAAGCAACACUCAACAUGUUACAGCCGCGUCUUUUCUUCUUCUGGUGUACUCCAGCUAUUUGCAAAUGGCCAAAAAUAGAGUCGUUCAAUGUGGCAACAAUGCUGCCACUCCCCCCUCCAGGCUUGUUGAUGUAGCAAAAAGUCAGGUUGAUUAUAUAUUAGGAAGCAAUCCAAUCAAGAUGUCAUACAUGGUGGGAUAUGGGAUAAAUUUUCCUAGAAAAAUACAUCAUCGUGGAUCUAGCAUGCCUUCCAUUUAUUCGCAUCCAAAGCACAUCACAUGUCAUGGUGGAACCUUAUUCUUUGAAAGCAAAUAUCAUAACUACAACAUGCUUACUGGGGCUAUUGUUGGAGGACCUGAUGACAAUGAUCAGUACAUAGACGAUCGGACUAAUCCUCCUCAAUCAGAGCCAACUACUUAUAUAAAUGCACCUUUUGUUGGCGUGUUGGCUUACUUCAAAAGCCAUCCUCCACCGUUGCAAACUUCUCCAAACCACCAACAAACACAUCUUCAUAACCUUGAAGAAUUUCUUCAGAAGCGAAUAUCACCAUCCUUUGGUAGCCAAUAA